AUGGCCACUGAACUCUGGUACGUAAUCCUCGACUCGUCUCCUUUUCCGGUGUUUGGACCACUACCCCGUGGUCCCUUCUUCGGUGCGCUGGGCUGCACCUCAGCCAUCGUCUUCACCUGCUUUGGAGCUGCCUAUGGAACCGCCAAGGCUGGUGUCGGUGUCUGCAGCAUGGCCGUCCUGAGACCCGAUCUGAUCGUCAAGAACAUUGUCCCCAUCGUCAUGGCUGGUAUCAUCGGUAUCUACGGCCUGGUCGUGUCCGUCCUGAUCGCCAACAACCUGGGACAAAGGCUCCCUCUAUACACCGGAUUCAUUCAGUUGGGAGCUGGUCUCGCCGUCGGUCUGGCCGGUUUGGCAGCUGGUUUUGCCAUUGGUAUUGUUGGUGAUGCUGGUGUCCGUGGAACUGCUCAACAGCCCAGACUCUAUGUCGGCAUGAUCCUGAUUCUCAUUUUCGCUGAAGUCCUGGGUCUUUACGGACUCAUCGUUGCCCUUCUGAUGAACUCGCGCGGGAGCAUCGACGUCCGCUGCUAA